AUGUUCAACUCCAACGCUGCUGAUUCCAAACAUGACAUUACGUCUGGGGAUCCUGAUUUUAUAGAUGAGAAUACUGAAAAGUUGCCCCAGUUCCUUACAGGAAGCACAACCAGCGUUGCAAGUGAGGCAACGGCCGAUGAGGAUAUUCCACUUUUCUUCCGUCGCUAUACGGAGAGAUACCCUUUUGGAAAUGUCCACAUGGCUUUGAGAGUCGGACCCUUGGUCAUUGAAAACGGAGUUUCCCACUCAAAGGGUGGAGCCCUUAUCACCCAUCGGAGUCUUCCUGUUCUCCAGGUCAAAAUGGCAGAUCGCGAUUCACAGAGUCGAAGACUAGCUGUGAGUGGAGAGCCGGAUCGAUUUGUCUGGCAGCAAGCACAUUUGAUACAGAGGCCAAAGCGCUAUAAGGCAAUGUUGAAGCAAGUUGUGGGCGCUCCGUUUUCUGGUAUACUCUCGCAGGAGAAAGAAAACGAAAUCAUUGGAUUGGUCCUGGAUGCUAGCCGAAAACCGUUCGAUGAUCCAGGCUUGCCGGCUUCAGACCAGCGGAAAAUACUCGAUUCGAGUAUCGAGCAAAUUUGCGGGAAAAUCAAAUUAUUUCUCAAGACGCGGGUGGACGUCUAUUUGAGGAGCAUAGUGGACCAUCUCCUCAAUGCCGAUCUACCGUUGACUUGGAAUGCCAGGACAAAUAAUUGCCAGAAUUUCUGCAACUCUCUCCUCGACCAAACCCUGUUUGGGCCAUUAGUCAACGGUCCAUCUCAUUUACACUUCAGUGUGAUGCCAUUAUAUACGAUGAGCUUUGUAUGUCCCCAGGAAGGCUACGUGAGACACAACGUCAAGACUAAGUACGAUGUUCCGAGCGGCCUGACGGAAGAGUACCUUCUACGAUUUCACUUCGGACGCCACGACGAUGCCGAUAUUAUUGAUAGUCUGCAGGAAUAUUGGUAUGACUGGGGUGCAUUUGGCAGUUCGUUGUACAAGUGCCAGGACCUCUUUCCUUGGGAUUGCACCGAGGCAUAUGGACGAUAUCCAACUCGUUGUGGAGAUUGCAACACUGCCAAACAUAUUGUGGUUCGAAUUGUGGGACAUCAGGAUGCGGUGCUUCUACAAACGGGAAUGUAUCAAUAUGUGGAGCAUGCAGUAAUUGCGGGGCCAGCAGUGGAGGAGCAGGAUGUGUUGGCUGUGCCGGGGGAGGAGGGUGUGGUAGUAGUGGUGGUGGUACUGGGGGAGGAGGCGGAGGAUGCAGCGGCGGUAGUGGAGGAGGCGGUGGUGGAGGAGGUGGUUGUGGAGGAGGUGGUUGUGGAGGAGGAGGAGGCGGGGGCGGCUGUUAGACUCAAGUGGAAAGAUGUGUGGAUUUUCAGCGGAAAUUUCUCUUAUUACAGCUCUAAAUUGUAG